UUCUUUGUUGCAGGCUAAAAUCCUCAUGUGUGAAAAUGAAGCCCCAGGCAGCCUUGCUUUGCUGCUUGGUGCUCUUUCCGGCCAUUGAAAGUUCUCACUCUAGAUCUACGAUUCACCUAAAAGAUGGAGAGAAACUUCAAAGCCCGCAAGGGGAUGCUAAGCCUGGCAGGACACAAGAGAGAUGCCACGGGCCCUGCGUCUCCUCCUCCACCUGCAGUCAGCCCUGUGCCAAGCACUUUCGAGGACACGUCGAGUUUACCUGUCAUCAAAACAAGUGGCAAAAAUCCACUGAGACGUGCACCAGCCUCUCCGUGGAAGCACUUUUUAGGGACUCAAAUGAUGCAUCACGCCUGUCCUUAGCCUCAUCAUCGAUUCCCCUGCACCUUCUUGACUUUCGAGCUCCUCAGCCCAUUGAGAAUGUCACCCAGGGAAUCCAGAAGAACUGCCCUCUGGAUUACUCCUGCAUCGUCGAUGCUGUGACGUCAUCGGAGACCACGUCGGGGAACAUUGCCUUUAUAGUGGAGUUACUAAAAAACAUUUCUGCGGACUUGUCGGAUGAUGUCACUCCAGAGAAAAUGGAGAGCUACAGCGAGCUGGCCAACCACAUCCUCAGCCCGGACGCCCUGGCCAACUGGACCUUCCUGCCGGCGGCGCGCGGGGCGGGCGCCGAGGAGCUGCUGGCGGCGGUGAGCGCCUUCGCGGGGCGCCUGCGGCUGCGCGGCGGGGCGCCCGAGAGCGCGGUGGAGCGGCCGUUCCUGCGCGCGCGGGGCGCGGCCCUGCCCGGCGCCCCCGACGCCGCCCGGGGGCGGAGCUUCGCCUUCCCCGCCGACGCCGCCCGCCCGGGGGGCCGCGAGCUGGGGAGCAUCCGCCUCCCCGCGGCGGCGCUGCGCGCGCUGCCCCCCGGGCCGCCGUCCGCGGCCGUGGCCCUGGCCUUCCCCACGCUGGGCGCCGUGCUCCCCGGGGGCCCCGACGGCGCGGUGCUGGCGCUGGCGCUGCCGCGCGGGGCGGGGGAGGCGGCGCCCGGCGGGCCGCGCCACGUGCUGCUCACCUUCCCCGAGGGCCCGGGCGCGCGGGCGCGGUGCGUGGGCUGGCGCGCCCCGGGGGGCCGGUGGGACCCGCGGCCCUGCCGCACGCUGCGGGGCGGCGCGGGGCGCGUGCGCUGCUGCUGCGAGCACGCCGGGGCCGCCAUGUCCUUCUCCGUGCUGCUGUCGCCGCGCUCGGUGGCCGAGGAGGCGCUGGGCUACGUGACGCGCGCGGCGCUGGGCGCCUCCAUCGCCAGCCUGGCGCUCUGCCUGCUGGUGGAGGCCGCCGUGUGGACGCGCGUGGCCGCCUCCGACGCCGCGCGCGCGCGCCACGUGUGCCUGGUGAACAUCGCCGCCUCGCUCCUGGCGGCCGACCUGUGGUUCCUGGUGGGCGCGCACGCCGACAUCCGCAGCCACGCGUGGUGCGUGGCCGUGGCCUUCCUCAGCCACCUCUUCUACCUCGCCGCCUUCUUCUGGAUGCUCUUCAAGGCGCUGCUCCUCGCCUACGGCGUCCUCGUGGUCUUCCGCACCGCGCUGCCCUCGCGCGUGGCGGCCGCGGGCUGCGCCGUGGGCUACGGCUGCCCGCUGGCCAUCGCGCUCGCCACCGUGGCCGUCACCGAGCCCCGCGGCGGCUACGUGCGCUGCGACGCCUGCUGGCUCGACUGGGACCAGAGCCGCGCCCUGCUGGCCUUCGCCGCGCCCGUGCUGGCCAUCGUGGCCGUGAACCUGCUGGCCGCGCUGGCCGUGGCCGUGGGCGCGCAGCGGCCGGCCCUGGGCGGCGCCAAGGCGCGGCUGGCCGCCCGGGCGCUGCGCGUCGGCAAGAACGUGGCCCUGCUCACCCCGCUGCUGGGCCUCACCUGGGGCUUCGGCGUGGCCACGCUCGUGGACGGCGCGCCCGCCGCCUUCCACCUCGUCUUCGCCCUGCUCAACGGCCUCCAGGGCUUCUUCAUCUUGCUGUUCGGAACCAUCAUGGACCACAAGAUAAGAGAUGCCUUGAGGAUGAGGAUGUCUUCGCUGAGGAGGCGGAAGGGGGCAGCGGCGAAUGCAUCAUUGAGUCCAACCAAUGGAUCAAGAUUAAUGAAUCAUUGA